UGCAUUGACUACAGAAUCUCCACAUUUUAAAUGAGAUCCUAGUCUGGAAGGAAAUGGCCUAUGGUACCAUGUCAGAAGUGCAGAAGCAAAUGCUGGUUUCAGAAGUGAACUUGCUUCGUGAACUCAGGCAUCCGAAUAUUGUUCGUUACUAUGAUCGCAUUAUUGAUCGGACAAAUACAACUUUGUACAUUGUGAUGGAAUAUUGUGAAGGUGGAGACUUGGCAAAGCUAAUUUCAAAAUGCGUUAAAGAUAAGUGUUACCUACAUGAAGACUUUAUUCUUCGUAUUUUUACUCAGCUGUGCCUUGCAUUAAAAGAAUGCCACAGAAAACAUGAAAAUGGCCACACUGUAUUGCACCGGGACAUCAAGCCACCCAAUGUCUUCCUAGAUGCCAAGCAAAAUGUGAAGCUAGGGGAUUUUGGACUUGCGAGGAUACUGCAGCAUGAGUCAAGUUUUGCGGAUUCCUUUGUUGGCACACCCUAUUAUAUGUCUCCAGUAAGUAUUCUUGUUUAG